AUGAAUUCGUCUGUCGAGACUACAAUACUCGAUGCCAUCUACACGCCUGGGAACGAUGGGAAACCUCGACUAUAUUCCUUCGCCUGGCGAGCCAACGCUUCCCCCAAGCCCUUUGUCAUACAAUCUGUCGACUUACUCAUCGAGCGACUGCCCGACAACACUCAAGCGCGCCAACAUGUUCCAACCGUUACAUGGCCACAGAAGCUUCGUUCAGGGUUGGAGCUAGGAGACAGCAAAGUCGAUAUUCGAGCAUUUCUAGAUCAAGCUCUACAAGAGCGCGACAGCACGUCAGGUCCGGCAGCUGUGAAAUUGAUCAUGCCAAAGGUUGGAGGCUACGUCGCGCAAUCUAACAUCAUCCAAACACGACUGUAUGGUUGUACCCACGUCGAGUCGGUGGCUAGCUUUCUUCAGCCCGGUGAGCGUAUAGAAGCUUGCGCAGCGCUCGCGGCACCUCAAUCAGGGAAUGUGGCUUUAAUCUCACAACUCCACGACCUUCUCACAGGCGCAAUUGGUGCCGUCAGUACGGCCCAAAACACCAUCCCUGGCCCCGUAUCACCUUGGCAGGUGUUCGAUAACUUAGAAAACGAGCUCCGAAAUCGUCUCGGGUUGAAGUUCCUUGUGCCUGACCCUGUUCCACGAAGGCGCAUAGGGCUCGUCCACUGUCUAGACUAUCGUAUGUCUCUCGAAUUGCUUCUACAUUUGAACAUCGACCUUGUUGUCUUUGACCAGCCGGGAACUUGUAUGGAAGAUCCUUAUGGCCCUCGUGCGCACUUGCGGGUGUCAUUCCACCCUGUCGACCUGAACCCAGAUGAUGGGUUCGUGCAGCGCUUGUACCUUGCAGCUCGUGACCAGCGCCUGCAUGGUCUAACAUCGCGAUUUGAUCCGCUCUUUGAGAAGGUGGCACAAGUAGCUCAGCUUCUAGAGCUUCCCACUGCAGCACCAUCAGCGAUGGCAAUUGCCACGAACAAGUACCUCACUCGCAUCACAUGCUCUCAGCCAGACCAGAAUGGAAAUGAGCACGAUCAAGACAGCCUUCGACCUCAACUCAUCUGUGUUAAGGGCAGGAAGGAGCUGGAGGAGCGGCUGAAAGAUCCGGAGAAACGCUUGCAAAUUCCCUACCCCGUCGUUGUCAAGCCCACAAAUGGCCGGGGUAGCUACGGAGUUGCCAAAUGCGUGAACGAGACAGAGCUACUCGCGGACGUGGAGUGGGCGGGAGGCUACAUUGGCUUUCACAACUCACAAGUCAUGAUUGAACCGUAUUGUGACGGACCCGAGGUCGACAUCAAUCUCGCCAUGUGGGACGGCGAGGUCACAUUCUUCGACAUCUGCGACAACGCCCCGACUGCGGGCGAUCUCGACGAGGUGACUGGCAGUGGGAGGAAGGAUUUUCAAGAGGGUUUGUUCAUGUACCCAUCACAGCUGCCAGAGUCGGAACAAGCCCUGGUAUGCAAACACAUCCGCGAGUACAUUCUGCGUAUGGGCUUCCGUACAGGCGUCUUCCACUGUGAGGCACGCAUUCAAAAUUCUUCCAUGCACUACGUUCGGCAGAGCGGAAGCGGCAUCGUCGAUCUCGAGGCAAGACCAACCAUUGCUGGCAAAGAGCCCAGCGUCUUCCUGCUUGAGGUUAACGCCCGUGCGCCAGGCUACGUCGGCCUGUAUGCCGCCGGCUGGACCUGGGGCGUUGAUUUAUGGGCGCUGCACAUGCUGAAUUGUGUUGCGGACGAAGCCCGCUUCCGCAUGCUUUCCGUGCCCUUUGCCAAUGGAGCGCAGCAUGACAGCGCGGUGCUACUUAUUAUGCCGGAGAAAAGGGGCAUACUCCGGUCAGAGGAUCCACACCCGCGGCUAAGACGUGAGAAGCCCGAGUUGGCUGCGUGCGUGCCUCUUGUUUUGAAUUACUUCAAAGUAGGGCAGCAGGUGACGCCACCAGACGAUACGGAGACUUGUUUCACAUCGGUCAUGGUGGUGGAGUCGAAGAAAGGGAGAGCGGAUCUAAUGAGAACGGUGGAGGAGGUAAGAGUUGAGUGGACGCCUGUAAUUGAAUGA